CGGAAGGAAGCAUCCAGCAGGACUAGCAACUGCAGCGCGGCUCCCAAGUGUGUUUCCCUCAGCUGCGGCUUUAUCUGUUUCAUUCAAAACAACACGUUUAAUUUUAUUUUUAUUUAUUUUUUAUCGUGGUGCUAAGGCUGCAGUGAAUACAGAUAGCGACCAUAACGAAGACGCCUUUUAUUUACAUCGCUCCUGCUGACAGCGCGUAAACAAGGCAGGUUCAGUGUUCACUGCAUCUCAAAAACUCUGGCAGCUGAAAUCUUCAUGAGAAACUGAGUGGCAGCAGGUCACCUGUCGUGAGUCAGCAUUGCAGUGGAUUAGAAUAAAGGUAAUUCAGUUCACUUCAGCAAGCGCAGACCGUCCUGUUUGCUACAAUAGGAGAUGACGGGCCACAUUCAUAAAGCACUUCCCACCUGGCUGAGUUUGCAGCCUUUUUUUUAUAAACGAAAAUCGACUUGCUAAUGGCGAAGAACGAGCAUGAAUCAGCUAAAGGUGCAGGAGCUCUAAAAUCACCAUUUUCAUUAUUUAUAUGAAGCUUUUUAACUGCUCUUUUGUUUUCAAGCACAACAGUACAUGCUCUGUGACUGAUACUGUGAGGUGCCUUACUGAGCAGUGUGCUCCAGUGACACAGCGUGUUCCUGUCCUAGGUGUGAAUGUGACACAGCGUGUUCCUGUUCUAGGUGUGAAUGUGACACAGCGUGUUCCUGUUCUAGGUGUGAAUGUGACACAGCGUGUUCCUGUUCUAGGUGUGAAUGUGACACAGCGUGUUUCUGUUCUAGGUGUGAAUGUGACACAGCGUGUUCCUGUUCUAGGUGUGAAUGUGACACAGCGUGUUCCUGUUCUAGGUGUGAAUGUGACACAGCGUGUUUCUGUUCUAGGUGUGAAUGUGACACAGCGUGUUCCUGUUCUAGGUGUGAAUGUGACACAGCGUGUUCCUGUUCUAGGUGUGAAUGUGACACAGCGUGUUCCUGUUCUAGGUGUGAAUGUGACACAGCGUGUUUCUGUUCUAGGUGUGAAUGUGACACAGCGUGUUCCUGUUCUAGGUGUGAAUGACCGACGUGGUGCCCUCCACUGCGCUCAGCGAGAUCAAGCUUCGUCUGCUCUGUCACGAUGACAUAGACACCGUCAAGCACCUGUGCAGUGACUGGUUCCCAAUUGAGUAUCCAGACUCAUGGUAUCGGGACAUCACUUCCAACAAGAAGUUCUUCUCCCUGUCCGCCACACACAGGGGCAGCAUCCUGGGAAUGAUAGUGGCUGAAAUAAAGGGCAGAACGAAAGUACACAAAGAGGAUGGAGACAUUCUGGCCUCCAGCUUCCCUGUUGAUACGCAGGUCGCUUACAUAUUAAGUUUAGGAGUUGAAAAGGAAUUUAGGAAACAUGGAAUCGGGUCCCUCUUACUAGACAGUCUGAAAGAGCACAUAUCCACCAUGGCUCAGGAUCACUGCAAAGCGAUCUACCUGCAUGUCCUCACUACCAACAACACAGCCAUUCAAUUCUAUGAAAACAGAGACUUUAGACAGCACCACUACUUGCCUUAUUACUACUCAAUACGGGGGGUGCUGAAAGACGGCUUUACAUACGUCCUGUAUAUCAACGGGGGACACCCUCCCUGGACAAUCUUUGAUUAUAUUCAGCAUAUAGGAUCCACUUUAGCAAAUCUCAGCCCCUGUUCCAUUCCUCAGAGGAUAUACCGCCAAGCACAGAGCCUUCUCCGUAGUUUUUUACCCUGGUCAGGAAUUUCUGUGAAGAGUGGUAUAGAGUACAGCCGGACGAUGUGAGGGAGCGGCUGAAACGAGUUUGAAGGGGGUCUGUGUUAAGUUGUGGAAUAUUGCACUUCACGUGCAGAUGGGUCUUGCUGUGACCACCAGCCACCUCAACUCCAGAGUGGGACACGGUGCUGACUCUCUAACAAAGGGCAGUCCCUCUCGCAGACUGAAUGUAUUAUACAUGUACACACACACACACGCACGCACUCACUCGCCCUCGCUGGCUUCAGCCAGCUGUGUCCACCACCGUCGACGUGCCUGUAAUUUGCUGCUAUGUUGUGUGUCUCGUCCAUAGAUUUUUAAUGAAAUUGUAGAUCUUUAUGUGUGCGUCUGUUUCUAUUAGGGUUAAAAUCUGAUGAGUAGCAUGAAUUCCCUCUCAAGAUAAUGGCUGUUCCUUUGCCAUCUGAACUGUGUGCACAGCAAAGAAAAAAGUAACCGUUCUGCAUCUACAGUAUAGACAAAUGCAUGCACAUCCUCUAGACGUCUUUAAAAUACAAUGUUUCCAAACAAAUGAAAUCGAAUGGCCCAUAAGAUAAUGGCCAUUUUGUGGUUUGACGCAUGUUUAUCUAGUUUUAAAUUAGACACACAAAAAAACCCAACAAUGACACAGUUGUUUUGAUGAAUUUAUGUAGAACUAUAUUCCUGAAUUUUAAAACUUUGCUUUUCAAAUUAUGUUUCGGUCUGGGAGGGUUCCAGUUUAUGUGUAAUGUGUACAUUUUAAAUAUCUGAAACAGAGUUUUAACAGAAAGCAGCCUGGAGAAAUUCACAGCAAAACCACUUUCUGAAUCCCUGGGUCCUUGGUGCAGAAUGGUAACAUACAAACGUGUACCACACACAUUUAAACUAACCUACUGUGAUACAACACACUGCACAAGGGAGUCUGCCUUUGUCGUUUUAAAGCUUUGGUCCAACUUAGACACAGUUGUCAAAAGGAGUCAAUAGUUCCACAUCAAGGGCAAUCAUUGAACAUCAGUUUAAUUAUCAUUUAGUUCCUCCACGUCUCUAUUAAGAGCCUUGGCUACACGCACUGCGGAUGUCAGCUGUAGUCGUCCUUAAAAAACUUUAUGAACACCCGGUCUGUCCGCAGGCAGUUGAGUUACUGACUGCCAAAUAUAAUUCUACACCCUCCACAGAGAAUGCUUUGCUAAUGGAGAGAGUGAGAGAAAGAGAAUGAAUGAAUGAAUGAAUGAGAAUUCUGCUACAAGGAACCUGUAAUGAAGUUAAUGUAUGAGUAACUAAAUAAAUCAAAGUUGCACUGUAUUGUAGGUAGAUUUCAUAGGGGGUGGGCCAUGCUGUAGUAUUCUGUUUGUCUUUAGCUAGUUUCAGGUGAUGAGUAUGUAACUCUCAUCAGGGUUUGAUGGUUUCAGUCAUAUUUCAGGUGAUGAAGCUGUAACUCUCGUGAGGGUUUGAUGGGUUCGGUCAAAUGCAUGAAAAUGAGUUGCACGCUAGAGCAAGGCAGCCAGCCAGGUGGUGCUGGAACCCUUAGAAACGCUUGCUACAGUAUCUUUGCAGUUUUGCCAUGGCUUGUGCUGUGGUUAUACUGUGCAUUCACUCAGUGUGUACUGGUUUGCCAUGUUUAUUAAUGUGCUUUACCUGUGCCUCUCUAUUCUUCACAAUGCUUACGUGUGCUGUACUAGAGACACAUUUAAUAGGGUAGUUACUGUACGGCUUCAGUGACGGGUUGUCCAAAACCAGCUAAUUCACAGCAAGGUGGUCCAGAGGCCACAUCAGAGUGAUAAUUGGUUGCACGGUGAUCGUGUGUGCAUAAAGAUACUCUUUACAUUCUUCAAUAGACCAAUGAAUGAUGAGAAUAAUCUCCAAAAACAUGAGCAUGGCACACCGGGAUUGUACAGGCAGCUGUAAAGCUGGGACAACAGCGCCAUCUGCUGAUUCUGCCUCAAGUGUCCUUCGUGUAAUUUCAGCGUGCUUGGAAACAAUGUUGUGUGUAUUUCAGCAACCACCCCGUUUAACAGAAAUUGAUAUAUUUUAAUAUAUUUAGAGUUUUUACAUUUUUAUUUUCCUUUUUUUUUUUUUUUUUGUUGUUGCGAAGUUUACAUUCUGCUGGAUGUCUGCACAUAAAGUAAGGAUGUAACAAAACUGUUCUAUUUACUGUUUUAUUUUCUGGACCUGUUUUAUAUGAAAAUUGCUAUUUAAGUUAACCAAAUACACCAAAAAUAAAUAAAAGUACAGGUAAAUAAUGCAGCUGUGUGAUAACCUGCUGUUUUGUUUUGUGUGACGGGAAUCCAAGUAUAACUGUAUGGCAAGUGAAUCUCACCAUUGCAUUCAGCUCCGUGUGAUGCGGGUAUAGUUUGAACACCAACUAGAUCCAGCGGUAUAUUUUAAUAUUAGUCCUAUAAUAGUAGUCCUUUAAUAUUUUCCUCACUUUUUGUAGCGUAUGCUGACGCCUUGACUAAGAGAAUCCAUAUUUCAGAUUCCAUCUGCUACCUUUUACAGGUCUGUUCAG